GCACUGGAUCCACGAGACCUCGGGUUCCGCUGGGCACCGGCAGCCCGAUCGCUGGAUCCACGGUGCGGGACCUGUUCCGUAGCGUGGAUCUCGUGCCCGUCUCCUAGAUGGUGCAGGGAGUCCCGGAGACCCACGUGAGGUUGGACAGGCAGCAUGGAUGACUGGCACAGAGCCUUCACCCAGAACACACUGGUCCCUCCCCACCCGCAGAGAGCGCGGCAGUUUGGGAAGGAGUCCACAGCAUUCCAGUGCGUCCUGAAGUGGCUUGACGGGCCACUCAUUAAGCAGGGGAUCCUAGACAUGCUGUCCGAGCUUGAAUGCCACCUGCGAGUGUCUCUCUUCGACGUCACCUACAAACAUUUCUUCGGGAGGACGUGGAAAACCACAGUGAAGCCCACCAAUCAGCUCUCUAAGCAGCCACCCAGGAUCCUCUUCAAUGAGCCCUUGUACUUCCACACGACCUUGAGCCACCCCAGCAUCAUGGCUGUUAUCGAAGUGGUUGCUGAAGGCAAGAAGAGGGACGGCGCCCUGCAGGUGCUGUCCUGUGGGUUUGGAAUUCUUCGAAUCUUUGGCAAUAAGCCGGAAUCUCCCACCUCUGCAGGCCAGGACAAACGGUUGAGGCUGUAUCAUGGUACCCCCAGAGCCCUUCUGCAUCCACUUCUCCAGGAUCCCAUAGAACAGAACAGGUACAUGACAAUGAUGGAAAACUGUAGCCUGCAGUACACCCUGAAGCCACACCCGCCCCUGGAGCCCGCCUUCCACCUGCUCCCCGAGAACUUCCUGAUCUCCGGCCUCCAGCAGAUCCCUGGCCUCCUCCCACCUCAUGGAGACACGGGUGAUGCCCUGAGGAAGCCUCGCUUCCAGAAGCCCACCACAUUGCACCUAGAUGACCUCUUCUUCACCCUGUACCCCUCCCUGGAGAAGUUUGAGGAGGAACUUGUGCAGCUGCUCAUCAGCGACCACUUCCGGGAGGGGGUUGGCCUGCUAGAUAGCGGCACCCUAGAGGUCUUGGAGCGGCGCCUGCAUGUCUGUGUCCAUAAUGGUCUGGGCUUCGUGCACAGGCCACAGGUGGUUGUGCUUGUACCUGAGAUGGACAUGACCUUGACGCGCUCGGCCAGCUUCAGCAGGAGAAUCACUGCCUCUUCUAAGAGCAGCUCUGGAAAUCAGGCUCUGGUUUUGAGAAGCCACCUGAGACUCCCGGAGAUGGUCAAUCACCCAGCGUUUGCCAUCGUCUUCCAGCUGGAGUACGUGUUCAACAGCCCCUCAGGAGCAGACGGCAGUGCCAGCUCAUCCACCUCUCUGUCCAGCUUGGCGUGCAUGCACAUGGUUCGAUGGGCUGUUUGGAACCCCGAUCUGGAAGCAGGCCCGGGAAAGGUGACGCUGCCUCUUCAGGGUGGGGUACAGCACAACCCCUCACGCUGUCUGGUCUAUAAGGUGCCUUCGGCUAGCAUGAGCUCUGAGGAGAGUGUGUUUGGCUGCAUCCCCAUCAUCCGCCACUAGAUGUCAGUGGAGUGCCCGGUUGUGGCUGCAAGCGUCUCCAGACCUUGCUGAAGGCUUUUUGGGCCAGAAGUGCCUGUGGUUGAGGACCAGCACCCUGAGCAGACAGCGUGAAUGACAGCAGUGUGCUGUAGUGGGACCUGCUCUGUUUCUGCUCCUGUGCUGGGAAAGCACCGUGGCUUCUCUGCGAGUUUCUUCCUGGUGUCUCCAACCCUGGCCAAGUGGGACCAGCUGGAAUGGGGGUGUGCCUUACCCGUGCCCUCGCCCAGCGGGCUCUGCGGACCUUUGGACCCUGAGAGGGAAGCUGAGCAGAAAUGGCAGCUGCCAGUCGGGGAAAACAGCACUCAUGGAGAAGCUGCAUUGUUUCUGGGAAGCUGUUCUGGGGCUCACGUCGCCCACUGUUAUUUCACUGUUUGCCGUGAAGCAAGCCUCCAUCUCAUGCCGUGUUUCCUUUUCUUGUCUCGUCCUUUUCCUUUGGAUGAAUAAUUCUUUAAAAGUA